CAUCCAACCGCACCAGAUCCAACUCAAUAGUCUUCUCCGCUUAUCGGAGUAAAACACAGAAAGAGUGAUACACCACUUUCUCCCGAUUUCUCCUCUUAAUUCCUUCAACUCAAAUAUCUUAUUAUUCCCCUGAUCCAACCCAUUCACUUCGUUUCAACUUAUUGACCAUUUUCACCUCUUUCUUCUAUUCAAAUCUUCUCUUUCAAAUUUCACCAUUUGAUCUUCACUUCCACACCAUGAACAUCAUGUAAAACUGUAUUUUCGUCGAGUAAUUCAAUUAUUUAAGCAAUGAUAGAACAGUGAGACGCGAAAUUUAAGAGGAUCCACGCGAUUGGGAUUGCCGCCGGCCGCGGCGAAAUGGAUGCUUCACCGGCGAAGUUUCUAUUUGGAUUCCUCUUUGCUUCCAUAAUACUAUGGAGUAUUUUCGUGUUUGCUUCCAGUAUGCUGGCUUGGAUUCUAAGCCGAGCCAUGGGAGCAUCUGUUUCCUUCCGUGUUGGAGGAUGGAAAUGCCUGAGAGAUGUGGUGGUGAAGUUCAACAAGGGUGCAGUUGAAAGUGUAUCCAUUGGCGAAAUUAGACUCAGUAUUCGUCAAUCCUUGGUGAAGCUUGGGGUUGGUUUUAUGUCCAGGGAUCCAAAACUACAGGUGUUAAUAUGUGAUUUAGAAGUUGUAAUGAGGUCUCCCAGUAAAAUCUCAAAAAAAGCAAGAUCUCGUAAAUCUCGCAAGUCAGGUAGAGGGAAGUGGAUGGUUGUAGCUAAUAUGGCUAGAUUUUUGUCAGUUUCAGUGACUGAGAUGGUUGUGAAGACACUAAAAGCUACCGUUGAGGUCAAAGAAUUGACGCUUGAUUUAUCUAAAGAUGGUGGAUCCAAGCCAGAAUUAUUUGUCAAGUUGCUGCUUGCUCCUAUUUUUGUUCACUUUGGUGAAUCACGAGUCAGUUGUGAUCAAUCAUCAAUGCAUGGCGGAUCUUUACCUUCCAACCAUACAUUACUAGGCAUGACAGAGAGGGUCUCUGCUCCUUUCAGCUGUGAAGAAUUUUCCAUCAUGUGUGAGUUUGGCCAUGAUAGGGAAGAAGGAGUGGUUGUUAGGAAUAUGGAUAUUGCCACCGGUGAUGUUUCCAUUAAUCUGAAUGAGGAGCUGUUACUUAAAAGGAAAGGUGAAGAUGCCUUUUCUUCUACAGAUGUAGCUGAAAAGGUGGUCAAUGAAUCUGGUACUGCUGUAAAGCCAGUGAAAAAACCAGCUAAUUUGGCUGUUAUGAAAUAUGCGUCAAUGUUCCCUGAAAAGCUUAGUUUCGUGUUACCCAAACUGGAUAUGAAGUUUGUGCACCGUGAAGUGGGCCUUAUGGUUGAGAAUAACAUUAUGGGCAUCCAACUGAAAGGCACAAAAACUCGAUCAUUUGAAGAUGUUGGAGAAAGUACGCGGGUUGAUGUUCAGAUGGAGUUCAGUGAGAUUCAUCUACUGAAAGAUGGUGGCAUAUCAGUCGUGGAGAUAUUAAAACUUGAUGUUGUCUCUUCAGUAUAUAUUCCACUUCAGCCUGCUUCACCCAUCAGAUCAGAAGUUGAUGUCAGGCUUGGGGGUACUCAGUGCAACCUGGUGAUAACGAGAUUACAUCCGUGGAUGCAACUUCAUGCUUUGAGGAAAAGGAAAAUGGUUCUUCGAGGAGAAAGUUCUACUCAUGAAAAAUCACCCUCAUCUGAUCAUAAAGCAUUCAUGUGGACCUCCACUAUUUCGGCGCCAGAAAUGACUGUAGUGCUCUAUGAUUUGGAUGGCUCACCACUCUAUCAU